AUGGGGGAAUUGAAUUUCUUCUUGAGUCUACAAGUCAAGCAAACUCCUAAGGGCACAAUGAUAAGUCAGCAGAAGUAUAUCAAAGAGCUUCUGAAGAGAUUUGAAAUGGAAAGCUCAAAAAUCAUUGAUACUCCCAUUACCACUACCACUCGUCUGGACAUGGAUGAACCUGGUUCACCUGUGAAUGAGACCAUGUAUAGAGGUAUCAUUGGGUCACUCAUGUAUCUCACAGCAAGCAGACCGGAUAUCGUUUUCAGUGUGGGACUGUGCGCCAAAUUUCAAUCUAAUCCAAAAGAAUCCCAUCUGAAGGCUACCAAGAGAAUCUUGAGAUAUCUCAAAGGAACGCAGGACCUGGUUCUCUACUAUCCCUUAGGAGAUAAUUUUGAUUUAAUCGAAUAUGCUGAAGUUGAUUAUGCUAGUUAUCUAGUGGAUAGGAAAAGCACUUCUG